UUCUAAUUCAUGACUUAAUCGAGUGCGGAGCCAUCGAUGCGAGAUCGAUGUCUCGGCCAGGUAUUAGACGUCCUGCGCUGCGUCUCCUUCCUUUUCGCUGAACGUGUCAACCAUGGCGCCGAUUAAGAAACACGCGGUGGUCAAAAAGCCGAGUGGCAAGAGGAAGAAGCAGAUUUUAAAGUUCACGCUGGACUGCACGCACCCGGUGGAGGAUGGCAUCAUGGACGCCGCCAACUUCGAGCGAUUCCUACAGGAGCGCAUCAAAGUCAACGGCAAAGCGGGAAGCCUCGGCGGCGGCGUGGUGUCCAUCGAGAGGAGCAAGAGUAAAAUUGCGGUCAACUCUGAAGUUCCCUUUUCCAAGAGGUACCUCAAGUAUUUGACCAAGAAGUACCUGAAGAAGAACAACCUGCGGGACUGGCUGCGAGUGGUGGCCAACACCAAGGAGAGCUACGAGCUGCGCUACUUCCAGAUCAACCAGGACGAUGAGGAGGAAGAGGAAGACUAAAGCCGACGCCACGUUCAAUAAAACGCCAGAAAAGACGGAAGCGUAAACAUGGCUUUUGUUUUAAUUUCACUCUGGGAACACAUCUGGAAGCUUCCAAAUACAGCCGGAAAGUAAUAGUCUGAAGUGGUGUACUGCAUUAUCAUAUUUCCAUAUUUAGGUUAUGUAAUCUACCCCAAAGGGGCAGAAUAUUAGAGACAGCUAUCUAGGAUGUGAAUCAGCUGGACAAACUACAACCACAAUAAUGAACACGUCGAGUUAAUACGUCAAGACUGAAGUUGAUCAUUUUUUUUUUUUAUUUAAAGAACGAUCAGGAGGGGGAGGGGGAAACAUGUUCAAAUAGUAAAAUAAAUUAGAAUGCACUCCUUGGAAAAUACAUUAAAACAAUUGAUUGCCAUG